CCUUCACCUCGGUUCUUCCUCCCUCAGAAUUCAGAAGCAUCUAGAAUUAGGGUUAGGGUUUUACACUUUCCGUCGAAAUCAAGAUGCUUACCAUCGAUCCCACCAAGAAACGUAAGCUCGACGAGAACGGCGUCUCGGUGGUGCUACCAGAGCUGGAUCCAAUCACGGGGCUCACUCCACAGGAUGUGCGCAAGCUUAUCGAACGCUUCACCACCGACCAACUCCUUGGCAUUCUCCAGGACGCAGCUGCCCGCCACUUGGAUGUCCUGAACGCCGUUCGUUCAAUCGCCGACCAGGAUCUCACCCAGCGUAAGCUCUUCAUCCGUGGCCUCGGCUGGGAUACCACGACAGACGGCCUCCGCACACUUUUCUCAGCCUACGGAGAACUUGAGGAAGCGGUUGUGAUUCUCGACAAGACGACUGGCAAGUCUAAGGGAUAUGGUUUUGUUACGUUUAAACACGUUGAUGGUGCUUUGCUUGCCCUGAAAGAGCCCAGCAAAAAGAUCGACGGACGUGUAACUGUUACUCAACUCGCGGCAGCGGGAAAUACGGGGAUGACCACAAACCCAGUAGAUAUUCAUUUGAGGAAAAUUUAUGUGGGUAGUGUUCCCAUUGAUAUGCCUGCAGAUAAAUUGCUAAGUCAUUUUGCACAGUAUGGAGAAAUUGAGGAGGGUCCUUUGGGUUUUGAUAAGUUGACUGGGAAAUCAAAGGGCUUUGCGCUUUUUGUAUUUAAGACCAUGGGAGGAGCGCAAGAAGCGUUGAGGGAACCGGUAAAGAAUAUUGAUGGAAUUCAGAUGAAUUGUAAGCUGGCAAUUGACGGGAAGAAAGGGAAGCCAGGCGGGCCAGGAUUGGAUGGAGUGCAGGGAGGCGGUCUGGGGAGUGGAGAUGGGAUGGGGGGCCCGCCUGGUCCUGGGGCUUAUGGGGGAGCAGGUGGUCAUGGUGGGUUGGGGGGUUAUGGUGGGUUUUCGGGUGCAUUGCAGGGUCCGCCGCCAUUAGGUCCUCACCAUUUGAAUUCAGCCCCUGUAGUGGCAUCUUCUUUAGGUGCCGCUACCGGUUCUGGGGGUUAUGGAUCUGGGUUUGGUCCGCUUGGAGGAUCUUAUGGAGGGUACGGAGGACCAGGCUCAACAGGGUAUGGUGGUUUGACUGGUGCUGGGGGUGGUGGAUUGAGUGGUGCAGGGGGUGGGAUUGGUGGUGCCGGUGGUGGAUUGAAUGGUUCCGGUGUUGGGUCCUCUUUGUACAGCAGGAUGCCCCCUAGUUCUGUUGGUAUGCCAUCUGGUGGGUAUCCAGAAGGUGCACGCUACAAUUCAACCUUUCCGGGUCCGCAACACCAAGGAACAGGGGCAUCGCCUUUGCCAAGGGUUGCACCUGGAGGAUUGUAUCCCAAUGCUCCUUACUACUGAGGUAAGUUCUCAAUUUCACGUCCUGAUAUAUUUAGUCUGUUAACUGUUAGUGUAAAGUUGGAAUGACUACAUGCUUUUGCUUGUGUUAGCAUGUGUGCUUUAUUGUGGAUGUUUGUUCAUUAUAAUUAAUUGUUGAAACUUUAUCUGUUUGUCUUCCUUCACUGCCACUGUUGUAUUGUAUGUGUCUGUAUGUAUUGUAGGGAUUAGUAAUUAUAAAGAGUGAAUUUGCAGUUUGCAUUUCAGUUACUUGAUAUAGGGCCAUAAAUUAUACUGUCUGUU